AGUGUGUCCCUCCUACCGCCGCCCAAUGGAGGCGCCACUGCUCCAAACCAGCUCAAGCGCCCUCCAUAUAAUCGGAGACGAUGGAGACUACCUGCCGGUGAAGGGGCUGAAACCAUGGUGGAGAGUUUUCUGUAUAGAAUCAGCCAAGCUAUGGAGAAUUGGCGGCCCCAUAGCAUUUCAGAUCCUCUGUCAGUACGGAACCACCUCCGUCACCACCGUGUUCGUAGGCCAUCUCGGAGAUAUUGAACUCUCCGCUUUCUCUAUUGCACUCUCGGUUGUCUGUACCUUCUCCUUCGGCUUCAUGCUUGGCAUGGGGAGUGCCCUUGAGACUCUAUGCGGUCAGGCAUAUGGUGCCGGACAAGUUCACAUGCUCGGCAUUUACAUGCAACGCUCGAUAGUAAUUCUGUUGGCUACUUGCGUCCUUGUUUCGCCACUCUAUACAUUCGCUACCCCAAUCCUUAAAUUACUUGGACAACAAGAUGAGAUAGCGGAUCCUGCAGGAACUUACACGCUUCUGGUUCUCCCUCAAUUGUGUUCUCUGGCUGUUGCUUUUCCAACCCAGAAGUUUCUUCAAGCCCAGAGCAAAGUUUCCGUGCUUGCAUGGAUCGCAGCAUUUGCUCUGGCUUCACAAAUUCUUUUGUGUUGGCUCUUUGUUUAUGUAUUUGGCUGGGGAGCUACGGGUGCUGCUGUAGCUUUUGAUAUAACUAGUUGGGUCUCUGCCCUCGCACAGUUUAUUUAUGUUGUUGGUUGGUGUAAGGAUGGUUGGAAGGGAUUCUCAUGGGCUGCAUUUCGUGAGAUUUGGGCUUUUGUGAGGCUCUCAUUCGCGUCUGCUAUUAUGCUGUGCCUGGAGAUCUGGUACAUGAUGAGCAUCAUUAUCCUCACCGGUCAUCUUGAUAACGCUGUGACUGCCGUUGGUUCUCUUUCUAUAUGCAUGAAUGUUGAUAGCUGGGAGACAAUGGUGUUUGUAGGAAUCAAUGCUGCUAUAAGUGUCCGUGUCUCAAACGAGCUCGGAAUGGGACAUCCUAGAGCGGCUAGAUACACAGUCUAUGUGACGCUGUUUCAGUCCCUUCUGAUCGGGAUUCUUUGCAUGAUUGUAGUCCUCGCAACCAGAAAUUACUUCUCUAUUAUAUUUACCAAUAGUGAAGAAAUGCAACAGGCCGUUGCUCACCUUUCAGGCCUACUAGGGAUCACAAUGCUUCUCAACAGUAUUCAGCCAGUGAUAUCAGGUGUUGCCAUAGGAGGCGGAUGGCAAGCUCUAGUUGCUUACAUCAACUUGGCAUGUUACUAUGUAUUUGGUCUGCCGUUGGGAUAUAUUCUUGGUUAUGUAGCUAAUCUGGGAGUUGUGGGACUCUGGGGGGGCAUGAUAGGCGGAGUUGCUCUGCAGACAUUGCUGCUCAUUAUCGUACUCUACAAAACCAACUGGAACAAGGAGGUUGAGCAGACAACAGAGCGCAUGCGGAAGUGGGGUGGCCAAGACAUUACAAUCGAGAAAUCCGAACCUGACCAGCUUCCGAUAAAAAACGGCAGAGCUUAGACAUAGUCGGUGGUAUUCUUGUCGCUUUCUCAACUGUCUCUCAGCCUCAGCAUGGGAAUACCACUUUUGUUUCCCAUUAGACCCUUUUGAGCUUAUUUGACAUAGGAUAUAUAUAUACACACACAUACUUAUAUGCGGUUGAGGGAGUGUUGCAAAGUUACAGAAAUAGUCCCUUAAGGUAUUAGUGUAAUGUACUUUAGGGAAUAUUUGUGUAAUGUUUUUGUCACUAAACAGGAGACGUGCUUAUAAUUACAAUCACAAUAUCUAGACAUGUAAUCGUUAAUUUCGCAAAAGGCAUUGAGUGUUUAUGUAUUUAAACAUAUUUUCAAUAGGCGUCAAUGUAAUUUAUUCUAUUUAAUUUUCAUGUAAAUUGAAUGCAAUUAUAAUAGAUUAGUUAAGCUGUCAGAUAA